AGUGGAAACUCGUAUGUUAGUGACAGCACUGACAGCUGUCAGUUUUUAGGUUAAGUUUUUCGAAUUUUGAUGAAAAGCCAUUCAAAUCCAACCAAUUUUUGUAACUAAUUGAAAAUUCAGUAUCAUGUCGAACCCCUCGACGUCAAGAGAGCGUAUAAUCCCCAUUACCAUGGAGGUGGAUACUUCGCCCCCGAGGGUCUUGUCUCCAAGUUCCCCCAAACGCACCCUCCCGAUGGCCAAUUGUCAAGAGAGAAUCAUUCUGGUGGUCGAUAGCGUCGAAGACGACAAUUUCACACCUUUCAGAGUCUCCAAUUCGGAAACUGUAACACCUUUUGAUAUGCUGAAGCGUGCCGUUGAUAUGUUCCUGCAUCGUAAAAGUUUGUUUAGUAAAAAACACGAAUAUGCGUUGGCGAUUUUAAACGAAAACAGUGUUGUGUGGCUUGUGGACUUUACUAAUAAUAUAAAUCAAAUAACUAAAGCGCUGCAACGUGUAGAAGAGUGUAAGACUGAGGACAUUUUCGAUUUAAAUUCAUUGUUUGAUGUUGUUUUGCAAAAAGUUGAAAUUCCGGAAGUGACCACAGUGGAUGAGACGAUCAUUCCACCACCGUACAGUGUACGAGUGGUGUUGUUCUAUGGCCGAUCUUACACAAUUCCGAAAAUUGUGAAUAGUCCGGAAAUUGAAGCGUUUUUGGAGAAGGCGUAUUUUACGCUAGAUGUGCUGAUUACGCAUGAAGUUGUCGAUGAUAACAAUAAUUGCAACAAAAUUUUUGCGAUACUGCAAAAUUUAGAUAGAAAAGGGUUUGCGUAUUUUUUUUCAGUUGGACGGGACAAGGAUGUGCUGUUUGUUUCGCUUGCUAAAUUAUUGGGCCAUCCGUUGCAACGCCCCAUUCAAAAACUGGCCAAGUUUUCCCUCGUCAAAGAUGACUGAUUCAUUUCAUCAGAAAAAAAUUCUUUGCAUCAUUUAACAGCUGUUCGCACUUAGGCGCACUUUUUAUUUCAUCUAAAACAAAGACUUUUAUUACAUCAUUUGGAAACAGCUGUAUUUGGCUGAAUUAAAUAUUUUAGUUAUAGA